AUGUUGAAGCCGCACCUGCGAAAUCACCACACCAGCCACCCCACCCCACCCCGCGGCCCGGCGGAGCCCACGCGGCCCGGCCCGGCCCAGCCCGGCCCAGACACCGGGCCCCCGGCACGGCGGACCCCACGCGGCCCGGCCCAGACACCAGGCCCCAGGCACGGCGGACCCCACGCGGCCCGGCCCAGACACCGGGCCCCCGGCACGGCGGACCCCACGCGGCCCGGCCCAGACACCGGGCCCCAGGCACGGCGGACCCCACGCGGCCCGGCCCGGCCCAGACACCGGGCCCCAGGCACGGCGGACCCCACGCCGCCCGGCCCGGCCCGGCCUCCCCCAAGCCCAGGCCGCGCGGCCGACCUGCUGCUGCCGCCGGGACGAGCGCGAGCACAGAAAGGAAGUCGCGAGUCUCCCGGCAGCGCCUUCGGCGGGCGGGGGCGGGGCUUCGGCGCUCGCUUCCGGGUCGCGCGGGCGCGCCGAGCCUGCGCCUUGCGUCCGUUCCGGUUUCCCCCCCCGACGCGACUCUGCUUCCGCUUCCGGCGCGGGGGGCCCGUGCGGCGGCCGCGCGUCGUCGGGGCCGGCUCCGCCCGGCUCGCCCCGCGCCUCGGCGGCGCCGGGACCCUCCGGCCGCCCCGCGCCGGACCCGCCUUCCCGCGGCAGCCGCGGGCGGGCCCGGGCUCGGGGGAGGAGGCCGCGAUCGGAGGCUGCGGUUCAAAGCCUGCCCGGCGGCCACGUCCGCGCCUGCCCUUCUGCACUCCACCGUCUGAAGCGGGAAGCGGGGCCGGGGCUCGAGGGGUAGAGAGCCCCACUGCGGCAGCCCGCGAGCUCGAGGACAGCCGAGGUCCAGCCAAGACCCACACGAGAAAGGGAGGAGGAAACCCCCAGACUGGCCUGGGAAGCCGGCGCGGGGCAGAGCGCCUGCCUCGCGCGCCAUUGCCCGCCGUGGACACUAGGGGGCCUCUGAGAGCCACACUGGCAGAAGGGCAGGGCCAGCACCUCCUGGAGGGACUCUGGGUGGGAAGGAACCAGAGGCCUAGUGGGGAGCUCGUGGAGCUGGAGGCCCGAGGACUCGACGGUCCUUUCACACAGGCUUUCGAAAUCCAGAGCCCCCAGGCAGCCCUCCGGGCUGAGACCCACAGCGGCCUCGGCAGGGUGGCUGAGUGCCCCGUGUCCCCCACUGCACCCGCCAGGAGCCCUGUGUGCCCCCACCGCCAGAACCGCAGGGUCACGGCUGGCUGGGCAGCUCUGCCUCUGCAGCCACGCACCCCAGGAGAGACUGGGGAGCUCGCGGCUGUCACGGGGCCUCCCACGCCCGGGUUGUCUGCCUCAGACGGGUUGACACGUAUGCACAGCCCCUCCCACCACCAUCGCUACACCACCAUCGCUGCGGUCACACCCAACACCAUUACCACCCUGAUCGCCACUGUCACAAUCACCACCACCACCAUCAUUGAAACCAUCACAGUCACCACCACCACCACACACCAGCACCAUCGCCAUCAUCACCACCGCUUCUGCCAUCAUUAUGAGUAUCACUCCCAUCACAGUCGCCAUCACCACUAUUAUAACCACUACUAA